ACGUGCGGUGUCCUCUGCGGCAGCGGAUGUCACGUGGACGUUCGUACGAAGAGCGAACUGUGUGGAACUCCAAGUACUCUGUGAUCACUGACUGUCAGAUGCUGCUUCCUGAUGAAGAGGGGGCGGAGCGACGCUCUGCCACCAGCAGGAUGCACCUCCUGAGACGCACCAUCAGCGUUCCAGUGGAGACUCAGUUCCCAGAAUACCACAGUCAGCUGUCCACGGAGAGCGAGUCUACUUCAGAGCGGACUGGACGCCGGCGCAGUAUGCCAGGCUCCUCAGAGAAGACCACAGCCUCUGUGGAGGCAGCGUCCGUCCUCGCUGCACCUUUCAGAGUCACCGUGAGCACCGGCUUCCUGAGUCGAAGGCUGAAAGGAUCCAUCAAACGCACCAAGAGUCAACCCAAACUGGACCGCAACUCCAGCUUCAGACACAUCCUGCCUGGCUUCAGGAGCUUUGACAACGACAGGUCUCAUCUGAUGCCCAGGCUGAAGGAGUCUCGUUCCCAUGAGUCUUUGCUCAGCCCCAGCAGUGCUGUGGAAGCUCUUGACCUAAGUAUGGAGGAUGAGGUCAUCAUCAAACCUGUGCACAGCAGCAUCCUGGGACAGGACUACUGCUUUGAGGUCACCACCUCCACAGGAAGCAAGUGUUUCUCCUGUCGUUCAGCAGCAGAACGAGACAAAUGGAUGGAGAACCUGAGGAGAGCCGUGCAGCCAAACAAGGACAACAGUCGUCGGGUGGAAAACCUGCUGAGGCUGUGGCUCAUCGAAGCCAAGGACCUGCCAGCCAAAAAGAAAUACUUCUGUGAACUUUGCCUGGAUGACUCGUUGUACGCUCGCACCACUUGUAAGCUAAAGACUGAUAAUGUGUUUUGGGGGGAGCACUUUGAGUUCAGUAAUCUUCCUGCUGUCAGGAGCAUCACGGCACACCUCUACAAGGACACAGAUAAGAAGAAAAAGAAGGACAAAAACAACUACAUUGGACUUGUCAUCAUCCCGGUGGCAGCUGUCACUGGACGGCAGUUUGUGGAGAAAUGGUACCCGCUGAGCACGCCCAACCCCCCCAAGGGGAAAACAUCCGGCCCCAUGAUCAGGAUCAAGGCCCGCUAUCAGAGCAUGAGCAUCCUCCCGAUGGAGAUGUACAAGGAGUUUGCGGAGUACACCACCAACAACUACAUGCUGCUGUGCUCCGUGCUCGAACCAGGAAUCAGCGUCAAGAACAAGGAGGAGAUGGCGUGCGCGCUGGUGCACAUCCUGCAGAGCACGGGGAAGGCCAAGGUCAGUGGUGCCGCUUUAAUUUAUGCUGCUCAGAGAAACAGAACAGUUCCUGCAGGUGAGUUCAUUAAGGCUCUGUAUGAGUCUGAUGAGAACUGUGAGGUGGAUCCGUCCAAGUGUUCAUCUGGAGACCUGCCGGAACAUCAGAGUAACCUGAAGAUGUGCUGCGAGCUGGCCUUCUGCAARAUCAUCAACUCCUACUGUGUGUUUCCACGAGAAUUGAAGGAGGUCUUUGCAUCGUGGAGACAGGAGUGCAGUAACCGGGGUCGACCGGACAUCAGUGAGCGGUUGAUCAGCGCCUCCUUGUUCCUGCGCUUCCUGUGUCCCGCCAUCAUGUCGCCGUCCCUCUUUCAUUUGAUGCAGGAGUACCCCGACGAUCGCACGGCGCGCACGCUCACGCUCAUCGCUAAAGUCACACAGAACUUGGCCAACUUCACCAAGUUUGGGAACAAGGAGGAGUACAUGUCUUUCAUGAACCAGUUCCUGGAGCACGAGUGGACCAACAUGCAGCGUUUCCUGCUGGAAAUCUCCAACCCGGAGACCAUCUCCAACACGGCGGGCUUUGAGGGUUACAUCGACCUGGGCAGGGAGCUCUCCACGCUGCACUCCCUUCUCUCUGAGGUGGUCUCUCAGAUGGACCAGAACGCAGCCUCGAAGCUGGGCCCCCUGCCCCGGAUCCUGAGGGAGGUCAACACAGCCCUGUCCAACCCGUCCAGUGUCCACAUGACACCUGGUCAGUCUUCAGAGCCGGUGCACUCUCCCCCUGCAGAGGCGGCCAGCAGUAUUUCCACGGGCCUGCAGAAGAUGGUCAUCGACAGUGAGCUGUCAGGGCUGGUGGACUUCACCCGGUUACCCUCACCUACCCCAGAAAAUAAGGACCUCUUCUUUGUGACGAGGAGCUCAGGUAUCCAGCCGUCACCUGCGCGUAGUUCCAGCUACUCUGAGACAAACGAGCCUGACCUGAGUAUGACCAAUGGCAGCAAGAGUUUGUCCAUGGUGGACCUCCAGGACCUCCAUGCUCAGGACAGCGGAACCGGUCCCAGCCCCUCAGAUGCUCUGGGUGAAGGCCAAGCUUCUGGUGGAGGUUGGUCAGCCAGGGUCUCGCAGGGAAACAUCCCAGCAGGUCCUACCCUGAGGAAGCCAGGCCAGACCCCCUCCACCCCAGGAACAGAAAGCACUCCGGGCCGACCUGCCCAGCUGCUGGCGCCUCUGUCCUUCCAGAACCCGGUUUACCAGAUGGCAGCCUGCUUGCCCAUGUCCCCUCGAGGAAUGACGGACUCGGGCUCAGAGUGCCACAGUUCUGUUAGUUCCCAUAGUAACAAUGAGGACGGACCAGCCGGCGGAAAACAAGCCUUCAUGAACCACGGUGGAGGAGGGGGGAGCAGUGGCGAUGAGUACACCAGGCGAUCGGGGGACUUUAACCGCCGGCAGCUGUCCCUGACAGAAACACCGCACCAGCCCAACGUGCCCAGACAGAACAGUGCCGGUCCACAGCGGAGGAUAGACCAACCUCCACCUCAGAGCAUCACUCGAGGUCGUACACCCCCAAAUCUGCUGAGUGGACCCUACCCUCGUCCCCCUUCUGGCAACAUGAUGACAUCAUCACCCGAUUGGCCUGCUGCUGGUGGGACCCGGGUACGGCAGCAGUCUGCUUCUAAUAUGGACAGUCCUGAGAGCAAGCAGAGAGUUCAGCACAAACAGGCCCCCUCCCCAGUGAACCCCAGUGCGUUGGACCGUACAGCAGCCUGGCUGUUGAAUAUGAAUGUGCAGUUUUUAGACCAUGAAGGGAUGGAGCCAGAGUCACUGAGACACACAGACCAUCUAACUGAGGUGGAGAAGUACCAGCAGGAGAUCGCAGUGCUGCAGGAGAAACUGAGGGCGUCCGUGCAGAAGCUGGAGGAGUACGAGGCCCGCCUGAAGGGUCAGGACGAGCAGGCCCAGAAGGUCCUGAUGGAGUACCAGGCCCGGCUGGAGGAGUCAGAGGAGCGUCUGCGCAGACAGCAGGACGAUAAAGACCUCCAGAUGAAGAGCAUCAUCAGCCGGCUGAUGUCAGUGGAAGAGGAACUGAAGAAGGAUCACUCUGACAUGCAGGCAGUUGUUGACUCCAAACAGAAGAUCAUUGAUGCACAGGAGAAGAGGAUAGCAUCUCUGGAUGCUGCCAACGCUCGUCUGAUGAGCGCUCUCAGUCAGCUGAAGGAACGCUACAGCAUGCAGACCCGCAACGGGAUCUCCCCCACCAACCCCAGCAAACUGCAGAUUACAGAGAACGGAGAGUUCAGGAACAGCAGCAACUGUUAGACGGACGUCCUGAGGGUGUACAGGUCUUUAAAGACGGGAUUUGGAAGAGCAUCAGAGACACUAAGGGGGGUAGGAGCAGACCGUACAUCUGCAAAACCUUUAGGAGACGGUGUGAGAGUGACGAGCAGCGUGACGGGCGGAUCCCCUGCCAGAGGAGGCGGGGCCUUUGUUGCCAGAGUGACUGACAGAGGCGGAGCUUGUAUAUAAGGACUCUCAGAUGUCUGUCUUUCCGUCCAGUCGCUGGGAUAAACCACUACACAACCACCACCAGAAAUGAUCUUCAUAUUCACCCUGUCCUCCUUUUCCUCCUCAUGGUUUAGCAGAGCCAUAAAACCAAUAGUUCUUUUUCUUUCUGAGGCUUUAUUUUUAAGUGUUUAAAAAAAAAA